AGCAGCUUGCUAGCAGCUACCAUCCCUAGAGCAACGGCCGCAGAAAAAGGAGAUUCUAUUCGGUAAUUUACGCGUGGAUAUAGCACGCGCCGUGAAACCAGAACUUGCAGGCCAGCCGUCCCGAGAUCGGCUCAGUGAACUUCGCGGGCGCCCAGCUCAGGAAGCAGGAAACAGGACAUCCACACUCACAUUUACCACUCCGUGUGGCGUUUGCGCCCAUCCGUGCGUACCUGUGUGUGUGUGUGCGUUGCUCGUCUGUGUGUGACAUCAGGACAUCACAAAGCAGUCGCGGCGCCCAAGAUGUCGUACCCGCCGCGGGCGCCCAUGCCGCCCUACAUGAAUGCAUCCAUACCGCCGCCGCACAUGAUGCAGAACAUGGCCAAGCCGCCGAGAAGCUUCCGCAACUCGGCCACCAUCAGCUCACAGCCGACAGUAUACCAUCGUCCGCCGGAGCCGCAGCCACAGUUCCGGGGACCGAUCAUCACCGUCUUCGUGGGCAACAUCAGCGAACGCGUCCCGGAGGCACUGCUCAAACGCAUCCUGACCGCCUGCGGCAUGGUCAUCAACUGGAAACGGGUCUCCACGUUCGGCUUCUGCGAAUUUGACGGACCUAUUGCAGCGAUGCGAGCUGUACGCCUGCUCAGCGAGCUGGAGAUCGAUGGCAAGAAGCUGGUGGCCAAGGUGGAUGCCAAGAACAAGGUACUCAUCGAGGAUUACAAGGAGCAGGAGUGCAAGAACGGCGACCGCUCCAACCCAGUGGACGAAAAGACCGAGGAUGAGUUCGCCAUUGCCCAGAUGCACGAGUUUCUGGAGGAGCACAAGCACGAGUUCGACGGAUUCGAUAGCAGCAGUCGCGCCGAUUUGUACGGCAGCACUAGCCGCAACAAGAAGACGCGCCGCGAGGACGACAUCAAGAUCAAGGUGCUGAGCGAAAAUGCCCUGGAGGAGGAGAAGCGCAACUUGAUUAGCAGCGAGAUAGGCAAAUUCCGUAUGCGUGCGGAGGCCGACGAACAUCGCAAGGAGCUGGAGAAGGAAAAGGAAAAGGAGAAGCUUGCGGCCAGCAAGGAGAAGGAACGCGACAAGGAGCGCAAAAAGCAGCGCGAGAAGGAGCGCAAAUCGUCGACCAGCAAGUCCAGCAGCUCAACGACAGCGGCCACCAGUUCCUCCGGUGCCACAGCCACCUCUUCAACAUCCGCCGCCGAUGGCGCUGACGCAACGGAAAAGACGGACAAAGAAGCAGCCCCUGUUGUGGUCAAGGAAGCCGCUGCCGCUAAGGAGCCGAAAGAGUCGUCCUCCUCCACGGGACGCAGUGCCAGCAGUCGCAAGGAGCCGGCCGAGGUAACACAAAAGGAGCGCCGCUCCGACUCCAAGGAGACGCGUCGCCGACGCUCGAAAUCCCGCUCCAAAGAUCGGGAACGAGAGCGUGAGCUGCGCGAGCUUCGCGACAAGGAGCGCGAGCGCGAACGUGAAAGGGAGCGGGAACGGGAGCGUGAGCGCGAGCGGGAACGCAACGAAAUGCGCGAACGGGAGCGCAACGAGAUGCGUGAGCGCGAACGGGAACGCGAAAGGGAGCGGGAACGUGAGCGCGACCGAGAACGCGAGCGGGAGCGCGAGGAGAAGCUGCUGAAGCCAGCCCGGGACUCGCGGCGUGAAAAGGAAAUGGAGGACGAACUGCGGGACCGCAAGAAAGCCGAGAAGAAGGCGCGCGAAAAGGAGGCCGCCUACCAGACGCGCCUAUCCAACUGGGAGAUACGCGAGAAGCGCAAGGCCAAGGAGAACGAGAAGUACCGCCUGAAGGAGCUGCUGCGCCAGGAGGAGCGCGAGACCGAUGCCAAGCGAUUGAAGGAGUUCGUGGAAGAUUACGACGAUGAGCGCGACGAUUCGCUCUAUUAUCGCGGCCGCGAACUGCAGCAGCGACUGGCGGAACGAGUGCGCGAGGCGGAUGCCGAUUCCAAGGAUCGCGAGAAGGAGGCCGACGAGUUGGCCGAGCUUAAGUCCAAGUUCUUUAGCGGGGAAUACGAGAAUCCUUCGCUGGAGUUCGAAAAGGCGCGUCGCGAGAUCGAGAAGCUCUACGAGCCACGCAUCCUGAUCAGCGUGAACCAAGAGCCGCCGGCAGCGGCGACAGCUUCGGCCCAUCAGCGCAAGCAGGCCGCCUCGGCAGCGGGUGAAGGCGGUGAGGGGCAGAAGCAGCGACAGAAGAGCCAGCAGCUGGAUAGCUACGAUCCGGACACGGCCGGCAUGAAUGAUGACGACUCCAUAUCGAACGACGACCGCGCCUCCAUGGCCGACACAGCCUCCAAUGCCAGUGGUGGCUAUGCCAAGAACAACAACAACGACCAGUCGCGGUCGAACAGUUUGAGCAGACAGAAUAGUGAGUCGCGCGAUUCACUGGCCCAGAUCCACACUCCCACGCAGAGCGCCCUGCUGAAUGACCAAGGUUCGGGCCACGAUGGCUUGCUGCCCUCGGCCACGCCGCCCAUGACCAUGCCCCUCAUCUCGCUGACGCUGGGCAACAACCUCAAGAAGAAGAAGAUCGAGGCCACUGGCGUAUUCGUCAACGACGACGACAACGAUGAGAACAUCAAUCCCAAGAAGCGUAAACUGGUGCCGCUAGACUACGAUGACAACAUGAGCAACACACAUGAGCCAUCCAAUCAUGCAGCCAGCAGCGGUGCUGCGAAUAGCAGCAGCAGCAGCAGCAACAAUAACAGCAGCUCGGCGGAUCGACAAAGCUCCGCCGUGUCGGCGGCCACCGCCGCAGCAGCUGCCGUUAGCCAGAAGAUCGCACAGGCGGGCGGCUCAUCGGGGUCGGGUUCUGGUUCGGGAUCCGGCUCUGGCGGCUCCGGUUCGAACGGUGGCAAGAACAACGGCAACAAACAGAACAGCAGCAGCAAACACGGUAAGAAUGAGGCAGCUGCAUCUGCCGGCGGUAGCGGAGAUGCUGCCGCUGCAAACACCAAAAAGGAUGAGAAUGGUGCAAAGGUGUAUGAUGAAAAACGGCGGCAUAUAAAAAGCAUUAUUGACAGGAUUCCCACGCAAAAGGAGGAGCUAUUUAAUUAUAUGCUUGAACGCAACGAGAUUGACAGCGGUCUAAUGGAACGCAAAAUACGUCCAUGGAUCAAUAAGAAAAUCAUCGAGUAUAUCGGUGAGCCGGAGCCGACGCUGGUGGACUUUAUAUGUUCCAAAGUGUUGGCCGGCAGCCCGCCUCAAAGCAUCUUGGAUGAUGUGCAAAUGGUACUGGACGAGGAAGCCGAGGUCUUUGUGGUGAAGAUGUGGCGACUGCUUAUCUACGAACUUGACGCCAAGAGGUUCGGCCUUGCGGGGAAAUAGUAGGAUGCCCGCCGUGCGCAUCCCUGGGGAACUGGGCGGGAGCAGGUGCGGAUCGAUGGAUCGAUGGAGGAGCAACUGCGUGAAUAGACUCUAAGUUACUCUUACGGAACCUAUGCGAUUACAAGAUUGUACAUAGGGGGCGUGCUCCGGAAAUUGUUGCGGCCAAAUGUCCAGCUUUGUUUUCUAAGCCUCUACCGCGUGCAAAGGAAUCUACAAGAAAUUGAUGAAAAGGGAGCCAUUCGUGAAAAGCGGAAGCAGAAGCAGAAGCGCAGCCUCAAUGAUUUCUAAAUCCACCUUAUUAGCGUUAAUUGCUAAAGUAAUUCAUCGAUUAUUGUAAAUACACACUAAACUCACUUAUAAAUUUACACCACCAGAAGCAACAGAGAAGGGAAAAUCGUACAGAAAUAAAAAUCGCAUAGCCCAUGUA